UUUGUUUUUGGCUGAUUUUGUUUUGGUUGGAGUUUUAUAAACGUUUUAAACUUUCUUUUUCAUAAAUAAUACAUAGUUAAAAAUGUCGGAGCGCAAAGUUUUGAAUAAAUACUAUCCGCCGGAUUUUGACCCAUCCAAAAUUCCGCGCAUGAAAUUAUCCAAAAAUCGCCAAUACACUGUUCGAUUGAUGGCUCCAUUCAAUAUGCGCUGCAAAACAUGCGGUGAAUACAUUUACAAGGGCAAGAAGUUCAACGCUCGAAAGGAGGAUGUGGAACAUGAAACAUACCUGGGCAUUCGAAUUUACCGUUUCUACAUAAAAUGUACUCGCUGUCUACAGGAAAUAUCGUUUAAAACAGAUCCCAAAAAUACGGACUAUGAAAUAGAAGCUGGAGCGACCAGAAAUUUUAUGGCUCUAAAAAUGGCUGAAGAGCAAGCUCGCAGGGAAGAGGAGGAGUUGCGCGAGGAAGAAGCCAGCAAUCCAAUGAAAAUGCUGGAGAAUCGAACUCAGCAAUCGAGAAAUGAAAUUGAAAUGCUGGAAUCGCUAGAAGAAUUGCGAGAUUUAAAUCGAAGGCAAGAGACUGUUGACUAUGCUACGAUGUUGCAACAGUAUAGUAAUAAGGAAACGGAAAGAGAGCGUCUGGAGAGACAAGAAAGAGAAGAUGAGGAGUAUAUAAAGUCUGUAAACUUUAAGAACAAAGUAUCUGAUGGCAGUAAAAGAAUUGUCGCUGAGGAAAUAAUUGAGGAAAUUCAGGAAAAGGAUGCAGCCAAUCCCAAACCUGCGAAAAUGCUAAAGCCUAAUGAAACGGGACCGACUUUUAAAAAGCCUACAGCUAGCAGCAGCACAACAAAAGGAUUGUCUUCAACUGAUGUUGUGAAACGUAAACAGCCUUUGGUUGUACUCAAACCGAAACCAAAAGACGCCCAAAAGUUAGUUGAUGCUGUAGUAAAUGCGGAUAGUUUAAAUGAAACCUCCGCAAGUAGUAAACAAGUUAAAGGCCCUAGUUCUGGCGGUGGCUUGUCACUUUUGUCUGCCUAUUCAGACAGCUCGGAGGACUCUAGUUAAUGUACCAUGCACCUUUUUCAGAAAAAAAAAUAAAAAAAUCGUAUUUUCUACAAAUUUUAUUGUAAAAUGACAUACUUUAUAACUGGAAAUUAAAAUUUAACAUAUUUUUGUCAGCAA